AUGAUCCACAAAAUCGCCCUAGUUCUCAGAGCGAUAAGGCUGCUUUAACAAAAUUAUUAAUCGUAGAACGUAAACAAUGGCGGGUUCCUUUUGUAUCACUGACUGAGUGACUGUAAUUGUAUACUUUGACUGAGUUGGCUGAAGUCAAUUUGCGCUAAUUCCUCAGGUAGUCCACAAUUGUCAGCACUAGAAAUAGUAAGUCUGAGUGGUUGUCAGCAGAUCACCUCGAGAGUAGAGCGUCUUUUCGGUAAGUACUGAGUACUGGGCACUGUUCAGCACGUGCAGUUGAAACUUGCAACAUUGUUGCUACGGCUAGCUCGCCAAAAUUAAUAACUGAACCCUGAACCUGCUCGGGCUACAAUAUUAAGAGAGGAAGUUUAACACAUCCAUUGAAACUGAAGUCGAUCAGUAUUACAUGGAUCCGCAAUCUCCUUUGGCAUCCAGCAUUUCCGUGGAGGAGAAUCUGUUUAUCCGAACCGGAUGUCGGCUUUUGGAGUCCGACACUAAGCAGGGACCGUUUGCCUUCUGGGGGAAGGUCUUCGGUACACAGAAUGACUAUUACGUGAUACAAGCCAGCACACUGCAUCCCUUUCGUGCACCCGUCACCUACUACAGUCGCGAUGCUCGCAUCUGGCAAAUGUUACCGCUCGUUAGCGCCAUUCUUAAGAAGAAAUCUCCACGACUCAGCGGAAUGUUUACGGGAGAUCCUAGUUUUACGAGUCAUUUUGUAGAGUAUCGUUACACCAGCGAAGCCUACUAUGAGCCUACAACGACUCCUGUCAAAGAAGAAGAACGUUUGGCAUAUCUUGUAUACUCCGUGGAUAACGAAGCCACGAUCUUCCCCAAAGGAGCUGUGGGGCUGAAUGAGAAAGGAUUUCUGGUAAGAAAUCCUACCUAUUCAGGGAUGUCCUACGACCACUGCCGGGAUUUUCACAGCUACGUAGUGUUCAAGCCCGCUUUUCAAUCUGGCAUUGAGAAAUCGUCCGAUGUCGGCAUCGCCGAUCCAGAUUACCGGUUUUUGCGUCCGCUUUUGGCGAUGGAGCCGGCGGAUCCACAGACAACGUUUGGGUCAUGGGUUUUCCGAGAUGCCAUGGAGAUGAACUGUGUCCUCAUGGAGAACGCUCUGUGGCCGGGUUUGUACUUCUGGCAGAACGUUGGCACUCCUAACUACGGACGUUGUUAUAUCGGCCGCGGCGACAAGGAAAUCGACGCCCCUUUCAUCCUGGGCAGCAGUCUGGACCAAGAGCUAGUGGUGGACAUCGGCAUUUACCCGGAAUAUGACUACAAGGCCAUCCCCGAAACGGCGCUGAAAGAGGCCGACGAGGCAUUCCUGGCCGAUGAGGAACGCCGGAAGGAACUGCUGCCGCCGUUGCCGGUGAAAGAAGAUGCCCCGGGAGAGGUAGAAGGGGAGUCGAAGGGCGAGGAGACAUCCGGGGCCGGCGGUGACACGACAGAGCAGGAGAUGACGGAGGGAGAACCCACUUCCGCAGAAGUCACGGAUGUCUCCGAGGCGGAAGCUGAGGAGACUGAGGCAUAGGCAAGAGCGAAAAUAAGUCUGCUAGAUGACUUGAUUAAUGGCUAGUGCCUAAUGGAAGCCGGAAGGUACCAUUCAAUAGCAGAAUACUGUUGUUUCGAUCAUGAGGACGUAUGAAUUAAGCGAUACUGCAAAGGAUUCAAUGAGUUUUACCGUAUGCACGUGAGGAUAUUUUAAGGGAAGGAUUUGCUAUACGAUCCAAUGUGGGUACCCUGUAAUUACCAUAAUACUGUAACUGUUAAACAAGGGUCAUCUCCCAUAAUAAUAACUGUGUGGCGCCAUAAUACCUGUUAAACAAGUUUCAUACUGUACGUGUCGUCGGUGUCGAUGUUCAACAGCUUCGGUUUAACAUUUCUUGCAGAAAACUGAAUGUGGAUGACAACCAUCUUUCAUACUGUAUAGUGUUACUGUACAUUAACAACGUAAACUACACUGAGGACAGAG